CUUUAUUUGACGUCGAAUCGUCGCUGCGGCUGGCUGUGCUAAAAUAUACACAAUACUAGAAAAGUAGACUGCGCUGCCUGCUGCAUUCUUGGAACAAAAAUUCACCGUUGGCAGCGACUGAGAGCGACUGAGGAAUAAAAUUGAACGUCGACGUCGCGACGUUUCCUCCUCGAACAGAAGACCAAAAUCAAAAUAAAAACAAAUCAACUAAAAAGGGUGCGCGCGCGCCAAUUAUUUAACAACAAUUAGCAAGCGAAAGAAGCAAAUGCACACGCUGAGUGCAGCAAUCGAAAUGGAUAAACUGGAUGCCAACCUGGAGCAGCAGUUUGAUCUCAAUCUGAUUGAGGCGGUCAAAAUGAAUCCCGUUAUUUACGAUCGUUCACAUUACAAUUACAAGCAUUUUGUGCGCAAAGCACAAACCUGGAAGCAAAUCGCCGAAACCCUCGGCGUCAGUGAACAAAAAUGUACAAAGCGAUGGAAGAGUUUGCGCGACAAGUUUGCGCGCGAAAUGAAAUUGUGCCAAGAAUCGCGCUGGCGCUACUUCAAACAGAUGCAGUUCCUCGUGGACUCCAUACGACAAUAUCGGGAAUCGUUGCUGGGCAAGUGUGCCAACGGUAGCCAGAAUUCCAGCCAGGUGGCGGAUCCGACGCAGCAGCAGCAGGCCCAGCAGCAGACUGUUGUCGAUCUGUUCGCACAGCCCUUUAACGGAAGUGCCACAACAUCCGCCCAAGCGCUGACCCAUCCGCACGUUGCCCCCAUAGAGAUAACGGUUACGGGCGAUGCACAACUUGCCACCGCAGUGGGCAAGGACCAGAAGCCAUAUUUCUAUGAGCCGCCACUGAAGCGGGAGCGGAGCGAGGAGGAGCACAGUGACAACAUGCUGAACACCAUCAAGAUAUUCCAGAACAAUGUUUCGCAGGCGGUCAGCGCCGAGGAUCAAUCGUUUGGCAUGGUCGUCACCGAUAUGCUCAACACGCUGGGCGUGCGGCAAAAGGCCGAGGCCAAGGUGCACAUCAUCAAGUAUCUGACGGACAUGCAGUUGCUGGCGCAGCACAACAAAUACUAACUGUCGAGCCGUUGCUUGCAUCAUCCCCAGCUGCAACUGCUGCAAUUGGAGAGUGUCCAGGAACUGAUGGACCCACGAUGGUGGUUACCCUGAGCAGCUCCUUCAUACAAAAUGGAAGAAUAACAAAAGAUGAGAAAACAAACAGAAAAAAAAACCAGAUCCCAAAACAGAAAGCGCCUGUUUUUUACCAACUAAGUCUUAAAAGUCAAACUAAAGCUUAAAAAUUAGUUCUAAAAAAAAACACUUCAUUUACAUAUAUACAUCUAUAUACAUUUUACAAUAAUGUAAGCACAAAUCAGAUAUAUAUAUACACAUAUAUAUGCUUUGAUCUGUCGUAGUCUGUCCCCGACCCAAAAUUUAAUUCUCUUACCCAGUUUAGAUGUGUACAAAAACAAAAAAAAAAAAAAGAAAUGAAAGCGGAAUCGAAACUGGUUCCGGAUACAAUUUAUUGUAAGAACAAUCUACAAGUGUUUUUUUUCCCGAAAACAUAUUUUGUAAUACAGCAGCAGCAUAUUGUAUAUUUUUGACUACCAUUUAGUUUAAACAUGCCAUCGGGUUUAGUUUUGUAAUUUGUAAUCGUAAGUAAAAUUGUAAUCACAAAAAACAG